AAGCGGUAUCAUGCAAGUAAGUAGUAACCAUUGAGCCAUACUGGUGAACAUUGUAGGAGACUUUAUCUUACUUUCUGAUUUUGUUUCUUAAUCUGCAAGACAAUUGGUAUAGAAAAGAGAUUGAAAUAUGCCACAUCGUUUGAGAUAUUAUACCAGUUCCGGCUACACUACUAUGCAGGAACGCAAUAUCCUAUUAUGGCCGAACUCAGCCCAGUAUUUACCCCAGAAUGCUGGUGACAUUGCUCAGAAGUAUAUAAGAGAUCCCAGGUUGCUGUCCUUUAUUGAUGUAGAGUGCUUUAUUGUGAGUACAAUUAAUGCAUUACAAUCACCAAUAUCAAUGCAAGCAUGGUUCUAUAUGAGACAUUUUUGUGGAAUCAACUAACCUAUUGGUGGAGUUGGCGAGAUGGCCAAAUACUUGGGUGAUCACGUAAGUAAGAUACUUUAUAGGGCAAAUGGCACAAGUAUCAUUUUGGACAAUGGCAAAGCUAUGAGUCUUCUGUCGUAGGACGAGUUUGAAACUUUUGUUGAGAGUGAUUAUUCCGAUUAUGAGAUGCAAAAGUUGUAGUUUGGAGACUUCUUUGGAAUGUUUUAGCUGACACUAUCGAGGCAUACUAGGACUCGUGUUUCACACAUUAAUAACUCUGGUCAUAUCUUCUUUCUAUUGUUUGGCCAUCAAAAACACUUGUGCUAUAGAUGUGAUAUUAAUUCAAUAUAUAUAUGUAUAUAUAUACAUAUAUUGUGUUGUAAUUUAUUAUGUUGUACAUAUAUACAUAUCUGAUAUUAAUUCAA